CCCCCAGGUCGUUCUCUGAGCUGUGGUCUCUGCUGUGCUGCUGGAGGGAGGCCAGGCUGGCUGCUGGUCCUGGGUCAGCUCUCUGGCUGCAGCGCCCCCUGGAGGAACAGCCACACAAGAUGCACAUGCUACACACACACCUCACCCUGCAGAGGCCUGUGUGUGUGCAGGAGCAAUGGGCGGAGGUGUACGACAGCCAGCUGUUCCUGGCGAGGUUCUUCAGCUCCCCGGAGGACUCCUGGCUGAGCCGCACUUCCAGCAGGCCGGCUUGGCCUCGUCCCGCAGAGUCAGCCUGGACUCAGGCCGCAGAGAGGCCCAGGCCUGCGCUAACAUGGGCCGCCUGUGUCUGGAGCAGGGUCAGCUGGACCAGGCCAGGGAGUACUACGAGUGUUUCCGGCGGGGUGCGCUGGGCCGGGCGUGGCAGGGGGAGGACGGGGUGUCCCUGUACUCUCAGGCCUGUCAGGGCCUCUGCCUGGUCUACGGCCAGCAGGCACAGCGCCUCCUGCUGGCGGGACAUGACCAGCACGCUGUGGAGACGCUCACCCUGGCCUUCUGCACGGCCCAGGAAGCGGGGGACAGGAAGACUGAGAGGGGGAGGCGGCCUAUCGUGUGGGACUGGCCUAUCAGCGCACAGGAGACCAGCAGGCAGCAAAGAAGUUCCUGAACAUGUACAUGGAGGUCUGUUCAGACCUGGGAGAUGCAGCAGGCCUUGGGAAGGCCUACAAAGCUAUCGCCAAGUCUCUGGAGAGUGAGGGACAGUCAGAUGAGAUGAUCCGCUACCUGGAGAUGUUUGCUGAAGUCUCUCAGAGCAGCAACCUUCAGACCAACCUGCAGGAAGCAUGUACCUGCCUGGGACACGUCUACACUGAGAUGGGCCAGCAGGAGAGGGGUGUGGCUACCUCGAGAGGAGCUACCAGCUGGCCUGUGACCUGGGCGAGGUGCCUCUCCUGCAGAGGGCCCAGGUCGUCCUGGGCAACGCACGCGCUCAGAGCAUGGCCAGGAAGUUACGCAGGCCAUGUGGAGGAGGGGCUUCACAGGGAUCUGUUCAUUCUCACUUCCUGGAAGGACAGGCGUGAUUGGCCCUCGAUCCCGACCCUGAACAGGGGAAAGGAAGAGGAGGAAGAGGGUGAUGGAUGAGGAAGGAGGAUGAUUUAGUUGAUGAUAAAAACAAUAAAAAAGAGAAAUGACAGUAAAAAGUCAUUAAACGUCAUUUUAUUCGCACAAGAAACAUGGCAGUGAUGUGACACGUAAUGACUGCAAUAGGAGCGCAUGAGUGAUUUCAUAAACAUAACAAUUAUCGUCAGUGGUCAGAAGAGAAUGUGUAUAAUGCCGCCCGUCCCUGGACUGCAGUGGUAAGCUGAUAUGAAGACAGUGUGCUGCACACGCGCCUCGCCUUCCUGUUAGACCCGCACACCGCCUGAGAAAACACGCGCUCCUACUACAGGUAUUACGGCGCUGCGCUCAUGUGUCAGGAAGUCAACGAUUAACCACUGCUGUCAGUACGGAGAGUGUCUUUACCGUCGCGCUACAAACGGUUCCCGUAGACUGGAUACCUGUUGUCCGGUGUUGGCUGACUGGGACAACGACGCCGUGGGGGAAGCCGUGUCUCCGGCGGGAACAUGGGCAUGUUGGCGAGAAUACGGAAAGAAUGGUUCAUUAUCGGGAUAGUAGCGGUGAUCAUCUUGGCUAAGCUAGAGCCCAGUAUCGGAGUUAAGGGAGGUGAGUUGAACGUUAAGUGAAUGAUGGCAGUCACCUAGCUAGCUACAAACGUGUUCUAUAACUUAUUUCGAGAUAUGACAACAUUACACUGUCCAUUGAACCGUAAUUCAACCAGCUAGUGAGCGCGGAUUUUGGUGUGUUGAUCAGCCUGCAAUGGUAAAGUUCCUCGCGACGUUGUCAGGAGUUGAAACUCAACUUUUUAAUAAAACAUCCGACCGUCGCUAACGGGAGCUGCUCUUUCAGGA